GGUGCGACCGCAAAUCGCAACUCUCGCUAGCAGUCUAGCUCUCUUUGUCGCUCUUAUCGGAGUUCGUGGAAUGAGCACAGAGAACCUCCAGCACACCAGCAACAGCCAACCAGGAAGAGAUGGUUCUUUUCCUGACGUUUUUAUCAACAGCUGGGCAGUAAAGAUUCGCGGUGGACUGGAUGAUGCAGAUGCUCUAGCCAGCCGUUACGGAUUCCACAAUCUUGGUUUGGUCCAAGGAUUCGAUGACGUGUAUCAGUUCAGGCUAGGUGGGCGAGAGAUGCAAAAAGUUAGGUCUGACUCUCCAUACACCUCCAGUAUUGCAUCGGACAAACUUGUUGAGUUUGCUGAACAGCAGUUUCGUCGGCAAGUUGUCACGAAAUCUACUUGUGUUCCUCCUGAGGACUCUGCUUUUAUGAAACAGUGGAACUUGUUAAACACUGGACAGUAUAAGGGUAUGUACAAAGGAAAUGAUUUGAGAGUGGUGCCUGCCUGGCUGCAGGGAUAUACUGGAUGCAAUGUUACAGUAACCGUUGUGGACGAUGGUAUUGAUUUCAAGCAUCCUGCUCUAUGGCCAAACUUUGCUCCUAUGGUUUCCUAUGACCAUCAUGAUAACGAUUCGGAUCCUUCAACAUACGAUCAUAAACACGGAACUAGUGUUAGUGGAAUAGUUGGGGCAGCAAAAAAUUCCACAUGUGGCAUCGGAAUUGCGUAUGAGUGCAAUCUUGGAAGUAAGUGUGUAUGUCAAAUUUGGUAUUCUGGCAUCAAUUUGAUCAAUCUUGAACCCGAUAAUUGCAUAUGUUUUUAGGUGUUAAACUUCUAAAUGGUAAAGAAGGCAGGACUGACGUGGAAGAGGCCACUGCUCUCUCACAUGAACAGAGUAUCGUAGAUAUCUACAGCAACAGUUGGGGACCUCCUGACACAGGAUAUACUGUCAUGGGGCCCAGGACUCUCACGAAACUUGCCCUAGAAAAAGGAAUCGCUCAAGGACGUAAUGGAAAGGGUUCCAUAUACGUGUGGGCCAGUGGUAACGGAAGAGAUGAAGAUGACUGUGCUGCUGAUGGCUAUGUGUCCAGUAUAUACACCAUUGCUGUUGGAGCUAUUGCAGUUGAUGGGAGGCCUAGUGGUAUCGAUGAGAGAUGUUCGGGGAAGAUGGUAGUGGCUUAUGUGACCAAUCCACAGAAACAUUCUGCAAUUAGAACAACAUGUCCAGGUGGAAAGUGUAGAGAUGAUUUUGGUGGAACCAGUGCAGCAGCUCCCCAGGUGUCUGGAGCCAUUGCUCUAGCCCUCGAGGCAAACCCAAGUCUGACAUGGAGAGAUGUCCAGUACCUGAUAGUGUACACAGCUAAUCCUCACCUGACUGCUGGUCCUCUGACACGGAAUGGAGCUGGUCUGGCAGUGAGUCGUCAGUAUGGGUUUGGAGUGAUGGAUGCUGAGGCCAUGGUCACCAGAGCUAGACACUGGAUCAAUGUACCUCCUCAGAGGGAAGAUAUUGUUAAUACAGUAUCUCAG